CCGAAAAACUACUUCAAAAGAAAUCUAGUUAUCAGUAUUUAAUUAUGGCCAUUGAAGAUUGUAAUAAACAAUUUAAAAGUUUGCUUUAGCCCAUCCAUUUUAAGAAUGCAGGCCUGGACCGCAGCUCAAGGGCCAAGGGAGCUCACCAGCUACAAGACUGGAGAGCAAGCAGGAAUAGCGGGGGCGCCAGGUGACAAAGGGCGCUUCAGUGGAUCUCGCCCAGCUGACAGUCCCAAGAUGACUUCCUCUGACGGGGAAGAGCUGAUCAACAAGACCGAGGGGCGCAAUAAAUACCAGAAGCCUCGCGCUCAGUCACCCCAGCCUGAGAGAAGAGCAGAGAGAAAGAGAGACGCAGCCUUCCCUUCUCAAAGCUCACGCCAAACCCCCAUCGCAGCCCUUUCGAAUCUGCUCCUUCUGCCGCCAAAGCGCCGAGCAACCGCUUCACCUGUCCUAGACGCGCGCUCGCCACCUCCGACCGGCACCUGCUGUGGCAAACCCCGAACAGCCCCAAACGGCUGCUCGCUGGCUCAGCUGUUUUUCGCGUCUCGCUCCCUGCCACACGUCCGCCGCCAGCGCCGGACCAUGGAACCGCUCCAGCUGAACCUGCAGGGCUACCAAAACGGGGACUUGGAUCCCAGUUGCCUCUUCGAUGUGCAGAGCGGCGGCCAGAUGCGGAGAAUGUCUCUGAAGUUCCAGCGUCCGGCGGUGGACGAGAAAGGCCACUGCGCUCGAGAAGCGGAAGAAAUAGAGCGACUCCCGGUUCUGGAGGCCGCCUACAGCACCAUCCUACAGGGUUUGGGCGAAAACCCGGGUAGGCAAGGGCUGUUGCUGACGCCUCGGAGGGCGGCUAAAGCCAUGCAGUUUCUCACCAAGGGCUACUAUGAAUCCGUCGAAGAGAUACUCAAUGAUGCUGUUUUUGAUGAAGAUCAUGAUGAGAUGGUUAUCGUAAAAGGCAUUGAUAUGUUUUCUCUUUGUGAGCAUCACUUGGUUCCUUUCUUUGGCAAGGUACACAUUGGAUAUUUACCAAGGAAGAAAGUAGUUGGAUUAAGUAAACUUGCAAGAAUUGUUGAAAUGUUUAGCCGAAGGCUCCAAGUCCAGGAGCGACUUACAAAACAGAUUGCUUUAGCAAUUACUGAAGUUCUGAAACCUGUUGGAGUGGCUGUGGUGAUAGAAGCUUCACACAUGUGCAUGAUCAUGAGGGGGGUUCAGAAAAUGAACAGCACAACAGUCACUAGCACUAUGCUCGGCAUCCUCCGAGAAGAUUCAAAAACAAGGGAGGAAUUUCUUGCCUUGAUCAAGAAUUAAACAGCAGCAGCUUGCGGUUAUAUCAGUGAUUUGGAGCAUACACAAUUGAUUAAUAUAAUUGCCUUAUGUGAGCCAUUGUUUUAGAAGCUGUGUAAUUUAAAAACGAGAAAGCAGAGUUCACAAUUGUACCACAGCUUUGUUCCCAUUUUUGCAUAAUACCCUUAAUAGCCUUCUACAAUUGGCUCCCUUGGAAAUGGCAGUCUUAGCACUUCUGAAGUGUGUAAGUUUGAGGAAAGACACUCAAGAAUUGUGUUGAAAUAUUAUAUCAAUAAAUUGGUUUUAUUCAUAUGGCAGCAUAUAUGACGUGAUCACACAGAUCUCCUUGCAUAAAGUAAGAGACAUAUCCCGCUUCCCAAAUGAAAAUGAUAUAUAACAUUACUGUCCCAACCCGAAGCCCAUCAGAGAUACUAGACUUUAAGUCCCAUAUUGUUUUAGGACUAAGGGAAUUAGUUCAAACAACUGGAGGAUACUAAAUUGGGGAAGGUUGGUUUUGGUACUCUUUAAAAGUUUGGAGACCUAUGGCUCCAGUGAUGUCAUUCUGCAAACAAAGCCAUAGAGAGAAAAAUAAAUGAUGAUUGCAAAAUAGUAAAGCUAAAAAAUAUAAGUCUCAUGCAGGGCAUUUCUCUGUUGUUAUAAUUCCUUAAGUUUCACAGAGCUACCUCUAGCUUGCAGUCGUUGCUACUUCCUUUUUUAGAGAAAACCACAAGAACAUUGAUGUCCUAACAAGUUCCACCUUCUAGGGAUCAAAGGCUAGAUGUUUAUUCUUGGCAAUUAUAAUCUAGAAAGAAGUAUGGUAUACUAAAGUCUAGUUAAAAAAGAAAAACUAUUAUUUCAUAUUUGGUGCAAAGAUUGAAACUGAUUAGGCAGGACCCAGUGUUUUCCUGACUAAACAGAACCAUACAUUAAUAUGGUGUCUUCCAAAUCUAUUAAAACAAAACAAAAACAGUCAAAUACCUGCUGAGGUGGGAGGAAAAAGCUUAGAACUUAAACCCUAGAAUAUUGACUUAUGCAAGGGAUUUAUUUCAUGUGUGCUGCGUAAUAUAUGGUUUUAUUUUUUCCUUAAUAAAAAGAUUAAUCAUGCCAUGUUUCCAGAAAAGGGUGAGUGUUUGGAUUGCUGAGAUUUACAUCUAUGCCUGGUAAAACUUUAUAUAUAUUUGAU